AUGAAAAGUCAUCCGACUUUUGGAGAGAAAAGCAAACGCAAACCAUCAGCAUCUGCAGUUUCUGACCGCAAUCGCCAUCUUUUUGGGGGAAAGGGCCAAAUGAUGGGUAGCUUCAAACACCAAAAGGUUUCUGAGAGUCAGAAUAUUGAUAAUGGGGAUGAUGAAAUGAGCCAUUUACCUGAUUGUAUUCUUCAUCAUAUUCUUUCAUUCCUUCCAACCAAAGAGGCUGUAGCAACCUGCAUAUUAUCUAAGAGGUGGAAGUUCUUAUGGACAUCUGUUCCCAGCAUCGACUUUGAUGACUCAUUGUUGUAUUCGAGUCGGGGUAACAUUUGGCAAUCACAUGUCAUUCAUUUCAUGAAUUUUGUCCAGAGGGUUCUUCUGUUAAGAGAUGCAUCAAGCAUAAAAAAAUUCCGCCUUUCUUGUCGUGUUUGCUUCAGUGCAUCUCAUGUCCACGAAUGGGUUUCAGCUGCUAUCAGGCACAAUGUUCAAGAGCUUGACCUUUGUCUUUUUGUGGAUGAGCCUUUCAUGCUGCCUUCUUGUGUUUUUGAUAAUGCAUCACUUAAGAUUGUAAAAUUUGAAAUGAAUUGUAUCCUUCAACUACCUACUUAUAUUUCAUUUCCACGCCUUCAAAAAUUGCAGCUUUGUCUUGUCACAUUUCCGAAGGGUAACUCAAUGCAGAAGUUAUUUUCUAGUUGUCCUUCUCUUGAAGAGUUGGCUGUAUUAGAUUGUGAAUGGAUGAAUCUGAGCAGGAUAACAAUAUCUAUUCCUUCUUUGAAGAGUUUGACCAUAGAUGAUUUACCAUAUUGUUCUGUAGAUGAUCUAUGUGGUUGUGAAAUCAAGAUUGAUGCUGGAAAUCUUUCAUUUUUUAAGUACAGUGGUUAUCUUUCAAACGAAAUCCAUCUAUGUGAUCUUUCUUCGUCGGCCUUUGCAUCGAUUCACAUCCCCAUUAUUAGUGAAAGGCGGUGGGAAGUUGCUUGUCGUACUGUUAAGCUGUUAGGAGGGCUGAAAAAUGUGAGUAGCUUGAGAAUAUCCAGUGGCACCAUCAAGUGUCUCUUCCUUGCAGAUGAUGUGCUAGAUCAUAUUCCUAUGUUUCAGAACUUGACACAUUUGGAGUUGAGCAGAGGAUUUGAAAAUGAUUUCAUUGGACUGUUGUUGGAGUUUCUCCAAUUCUUGCCUAAGUUAGAAUCACUUUUCUUUUUGGAGGGAGUUGGGACUGGUGAAGGUGAUUGCACGCCCAAAUUGGUACCUGAUUGUGUGUUGUCUACCCUAAAGACAGUGAACUUCCAGAAGUUCCAUGGGUGUAAUGCUGAAAUGGAUUUACUCAAGCUCCAAGCAUUGCACACUUGCGUUCAUGUAAAACUUUACACAACCUCUCAAAUUAUUGCAACUGAAGACCUCUCGUUUAAGGGGAUUUUGCUAUGGACAGCUUUCUUUUGA